AUUCAUUUUUGAACGACUGAUGACUUGAUGACAUCUGAAAGAUGCUGAGAAGAUGCUGAGAAGAUGUGGGCCAUAGGAUCCCGUCUUUUAAGUUUUACUGGUUAAUUGACCUAAAGAGACCCACUGAUAGGGCGCAGGUCUGUCAUUAUAAAACUGUCAUUGUAAAAUAUCUCACCAGGCAAGCAUUUGAACCGAGGAUCAUAAGCUAGGUGUUGAUAAGAUACUGAGUCCGCCUCAACAUACUUAUAUCAAAUACAAAAAAAAGGAAUUCUAUCUCUCGACUCCCCCUCGCCCUUGAGGAAAUCUUCGGAACUAUGCAGCGGACUUAUCUUGCUUUUCAGCAUAACGCUAAACUUCAUACUCUACAAACUGUAGUCACGGCAGUCCGCUCGGUAGCAGCUCUCGAAGAGGCCAACAAAGGGCUAUUUAAACAAGCCAAGGAAGAUGACCAUGUUGUAGUUACUGAGCAGACUAUAUUUCACCCUCAAGGUGGAGGUCAACCUUCUGAUGUUGGUGUGAUAAAAAGCCCAGAGGGUGCAAGUUUUGAUGUAUUCAUGGUGCGCAUGAGCAGUACAAACAAUGGCGAGGUGCUGCAUUUUGGCAGGUUUGCGAAUGCUGCCACCAUUUUCAAGCCUGGAGACUCGGUCACUCAAACCAUCGACAGUGAGAAGCGAAAAUUGUUCUCCCGGUACCAUACAGCUGGACAUGUUCUCGGAUCAGCUGUUCGCCAUCUUCUCGAGAAUGAGGUAGCAGGUUUUGAUGAACUAAAAGCAUCACAUUUCCCCGAUUCUGCUUCUUGCGAAUUCCAAGGUCUUAUUGAAGGAAAAUGGAAGGAUAUUAUUCAAAGUCGGGUGGACGAGUACAUAAGCAAAGAUAUGCCGGUCGAAAUUGAUUGGUGGGAUGAGAACGACUUCAAGGCAAACGGACUCGAAAGAUUAAUACCCGACCGCAAGGCAAUGAGUAUGACGGAUGAUGAGAAGUUCCGAGUCGUAAAAAUAAUCGGCGCCGAAGCAUAUCCGUGUGGCGGUACGCACGUUGACAGCACAGAGCUGUGCGGUAAGACCAACGUUAAAAAGAUUAGUCGGGCGAAAGGGAUAAGUCGGGUAAGCUACGUGCUGCCAUAACAGCUGGGCCGUCGAAAAAAGUCGAAUACGGCCAUUCGCAGCAAAAGUGAAACUUGGGUAACCUGCCGGAAGCUCAAUAGGGAUUCGUUGCAUCAGUCAGGAACGCGAAAACUUCAACUUGAGCCGCCCGGCAUUCGUCUACAGACGUCGUGCAACAACUGUAUCUCAACUGUAGCUACCUG